AUGGCAACAGGAAAAUCUCAAGGAGUUACGAGUUCAGUUAGUAGUUCCAAUAUACCAACUGGAAGAAAUAAAGAAGAUCUACCUGCUCUCAAAAAUAAAGUCGCCGAACUUGAACGUCAAGUUGCUGAUUAUAAAAUAAAAUUAGAUGAAUUACGUCGUGCUAAAGCUACAACUGUAGUCAAAUUAGAAAAAGAAUAUGUUAAUACAAGUAUUCCUGGAACAAAUCGUCCUGAAAAAACAAAAUCAUGUGAAAAAUGUGAAGAACUCGAAAAAAUGUUAGAUAAUGAAAGAAAAUCAAAUGCACAAUUAAAACGAUUAAUUGAACAAAAAGAAAAUAGCAAACAACAAUCAUCAUCAACAAAUUCUGGUCCAUGUACAAAAUGUUCAGAUUUGAAAAAUUUAUUAGAUAUUGAAAAACAAAAUAAUCAACAAUUAAUUGAACAACUCAAACUCGAAAAACAACAAACACAACAAGAACGAUAUGCUAAAGAGGUACUCGAACGAGCAUUGGAUGUUGCACAUUCAGAUUUAGUUGAAACGAAAAAUUUAUGCGAAGCAUUACGUGUUGAAAAUCAAGAUUAUCAAAAAGCAUUUGAUACAAUGAAAAAAGAACAUACAGAAAAAAUGGCUGAUUUAUGUAAUCGGGAAGAAGAAGCAAAAAAACAAGUUGCUACUUGGGAACAAAUGUAUCGAGAAUGGAUGGCAACUAUGGAACGAAGAGUUAAUAAUUUACAAGUUACUAAUGAAGGGCUUCAAACAUGGUUACAUGAUGAUAAUGAAAUAAGUCCACAUCGUCAAGGAGGUGGUGGUGGAAAUAAUCGUCGAUAA